AUGCUGACGCUCCCAAAUGGUAUAAAAGUUACCUUUAGUAAGAUAGUCGCUUUGGGAGGUGAUUUUUUUGGUGUUCCUAACGCUCCGAUCAUUGAUCCGAAACUGGUUGGUAGCACAGACCAGACGGAAAAACAGAAUCGUCGAACAAGAUUCUUAGCAGCCUUUGGUACACUCGCCGUUUCGAAAGACAAAGAAGUUGCAACACAGGUCAGUCAGAUUGUUAAAAUGAUAGAUGAGGAUCAUAAAGCCAGGGAUUCUGGAGGUGCACUUCACACUGAUGCGGACUGGGACAAAGCCACUGGUGGAGCAUGGGCUGGUGGUUUACCUCUCAAGAUGGGAGGCAUGUUGAGUUUGGCAACGAAGAAUUUUGAUCACUUUCAGCCACAGGCGGCUCAGGCUUGGCUCACAGGACACGAGUUGGCGAUAGAGAAAGCACGAGAAGCAGCCAAGGAUACCAACCAACAAACUAGUCUUUUGAAGUUAAUGGAAGCUUACGCUAUGGAUGCCUUUGCAUCUCACUUUCUUACCGACAUCUUCUCAGCUGGUCAUCUCAGGACACCAAGAGUUGCAUUACAUGACACAGCUUUUGCUGAGAUGGUUGGAGAUUAUCUCAGCAAAUUCAUGCACGAUGAAGACUGUAAAUAUGGUUUGCGUGUUACAAAUAAAAGAGGAGAUAAAUGGAUUGCCUAUGGUGACAAAUAUUUUCUGGCAGAGAGAAAUAAAGAUAAUAGGCGUCUAGUUGAAGAGACAAUCAAGAAGUCUGUACUGCAGGUUUACGAUUCAUUUCAAAAGCCCACGAAAGCGAUAAAUCCAAACGAAGUGAUUGAUAUGCUGCCUUUUGUCGAUCCUACAGCGGUCAACAACGCUCCUUUGUUUCAGUUGAAGAAUGGCCAAUUGCUUCGUCGAUUGGAUGUUGGAAAUCUUCAGGAUCCGCAAACUAAAUCAGAUUGGCUUUCACUCCCAACAGCAACACUCAACUUGGUUCAGGGUACCGAAAGGAAAAACUCUGCUCUACCACUCGUCUAGCAAGCAUAAGAAAUAAAACUUUAAUUAUUUAACUUUUUGGCAGAAACUAUGUAUGUAUAUAUAGAGAGAGAAAGC